AUGAUGGUAUACGAACAUGAUUCGGCCACCAAUGUACAAACUCUAGCUCCUAUUAAAGUUUACACUGUAGAUACUAGUACUUAUGAGAAUGGCCCCUCUCUAAGGUCUCCGCCAACAGCUUUGUUGUUGGGAGAAUCCGAUAUUCGAGUUCCUGAAUACCUUUAUGACUGGUUAAUACAAAGGAUGGGCGUAACAUAUCAAUUACGUGAAAAAAACUCGAACAAGACUAUAUGGUACACGGACUGCCUAAAUGCUAACCACAUUACAAUCUCGCUUAACAUUACAUUGCGCAACAUCCAUAUCGCUCUUACUUCGGAGCAUCUGAUAGGGAAAGUUGACUUGAGCUAUGGGGAAUGGCAGCAUGUGGGAAGCUCCUAUGGGGAAUCAGCUACGGGAGAGGCGUGCAGAAUCUUCUUGGGCCUAUCAAAGGACUAUGAGCGAAUCAAUGCCAAUGCCCCCAAAGCAGACAUCUAUCUAGGAGAUCCGUUCUUCAGGGCGGCCUAUGUCUGGUUUGACUAUCAGAAUAACCAGACGGGAUUUGCAAUUCCGAAGCAGGAUGUUAGGGCGAGCGGUAUUACGGGGAUUCGGGCAGAUGGCAUCGUCGCUACUGUGGGGUGGAAUGGUGCCGCCAUUUUGGCCCCGAAUACCAGCUAUCUAUCUGGGUGGAAUCCGUCGAAAUCGGGUCCACGGGUAAAUAUACAAGUUCUCGCGGGGAGCAUAGUAGCAGGACUCAUAUUUAUCGGGGCAGUUGCGAGUUGGGCAUUCUGGCUCGUACUCAGGAAGCAAAACGCGCCAGAAAUGCCACCGGCUCCAACCGCAGGACUCGAGUUAGAGGGCCAGGCUAAGUUCGAGAUGCCCGCAAAGCAUGGUAAUUGUGAAGUCGUCGGCAGUGGAGGAUAUCCCAAUGAACUUCCAGAAGAGGACCAGCAAGAGUAUCGUCGGGAGCUCCUCGCUAGUCAUGCAUUCCCAGCGGAGCUACCGGGGAGUACUAUAUUGAGGUCUGGCAGAAACAGCCGUGAUAGUCCCUCUUCCCGAGAUUCGAAUGUUUGA